AUGUGUCUGAUGUGGCUCACGAGCGCUAUAUUGGCGCUUAGCGCUGUUUUGCCCGCGUGGAGUGCUUCUUUGUCGGCAACGACAGGAGCGCGUUAUCAAGCUCCAGAUGAAUGCCGUUGGACUACUGACGACGAAGAUUCCGGAGUCGCGCUACAAUGCCGACUGAGGACGAUAAAUAGCGAAUUAGAAAAUACUAACUUCAGUGCCAUCCAACCUCAUCUCACAGUGCGACUGCGGCUUGAAUGCAGCGAUGCGCUUUUCUUUCAAAGCUCUCUUUCACCUGGAAGCUUUCGACAGCUUAUAGAGUUGCGGGAACUAACAAUUGAAUACUGCAAAAUAGGCAAUCUUUCUGAUGGGGCUUUUACUGGCCUCCGUGAACUAAGAAAUUUGACUAUAAGAACUCACAACACAGAUUGGUCUACAAUGUCACUUGAAGUUACACCCACUGCAUUCUCGAGAGAUGUACAGAACCUAGAACGAUUAGAUUUCAGCGAAAAUAAUAUGUUGACAUUUCCUGAGGGAGCACUUUGCUCAUUACGAAAUCUCGAAUAUUUAAAUGUGACUGGUAACAGAAUGAGAGAUGUCAGUCAUUUUCAAUUUUCAACUGCCCAUCGUCAUCCCACCGAAAAAUGCGGAGACAACUUAUUAGUCUUAGACUUGUCAAGGAAUGUUAUAGAUACACUGCCACCGGGUCUCCUCUCUGGGUUAAGAAGAUUACAGAAAUUAUAUUUGCAGGGAAACGGCCUCAACUCUGUAGCCGAUAGAGCCCUAGAAGGGCUUAUAUCGUUAACAACUAUUCGGUUUUCUGAUAACCAGCUAACUAGCUUGCCACCAGAACUAUUUAGUGAUACGAAGGAGUUGAAAGAAAUAUACUUAAAUAACAAUACAAUUACAGUACUAGCUCCUGGUCUAUUUAGCGAUCUCUUUCAAUUACUAGUUUUAGAUUUAUCAUAUAACGAACUAACCUCAGAUUGGAUUAAUACUUCUACAUUUUCUGGAUUAAAACGUCUCGUAUUUUUAGACUUUUCACAUAACAGGGUUUCAAAAAUGGAAAUAGCCCUCUUUAGAGAUUUACAUAACCUACAGAUACUGAAAAUGCAAGAUAAUUUCAUUGAGCAUAUAUCUGAAAAUGUUUUUACAUCGCUUGGAAAUUUACAUACGCUAAUAUUAUCAAAUAAUAGACUAACAAACAUUGAAAGCUUUUCAUUCAUUGGUCUGCCAGUUUUAUCAGUCUUAUCCAUUGACAGCAACCGCAUUUCGAAAAUACAUCCGAAUGCCUUGCGCAACUGUACUUCUUUACAAGAUUUACAUAUAAAUGGAAAUCGCUUAGAUGAAGUUCCUAUAGCCUUAAAAGAAAUACCUCAAUUAAAAACCCUAGACCUCGGAGAAAAUCUGAUAGUAAGCAUUGAAAACGCUUCGUUCAUGACAAUGCAACAGAUGUACGGACUGAGACUAACUGAGAACAAUAUUGGAAAUAUCAGCAAGGGCGUCUUCGACAAAAUGACAUCACUGAAAAUUUUAAACCUCUCGAGAAAUAAAAUUCACAAAAUUGAAGCUGGCGCUUUUGAUGGAAAUAUUAACUUACAAGCAAUAAGAUUGGAUGGAAAUUACUUGACCGACAUAGGCGGACUUUUUGCCAAGUUACCUAAUUUGGUAUGGUUGAACAUUUCCGAUAAUCGCCUAGAAUGGUUCGAUUACGCUAUGAUUCCAACUGGAUUGCAGUGGUUGGACAUUCACGCUAACAGAAUUGCUGAACUUGGGAAUUACUUUGAAAUUGAAUCGCAGCUAUCGCUUAGUACUUUCGACGCCAGUUCUAAUAGGUUAACGGAGAUUACUGGGAGUGCAAUACCUAACUCUGUAGAGAUGUUGUAUUUAAAUGACAAUUUAAUAUCCAAAGUACAGUCCUACACGUUCUUCAAAAAACCUAAUUUAACUCGAGUGGAUUUGUACGGCAACAAAAUAACAAGUUUGGACCCUAACUCAUUGAGAAUAUCUGCUGUUCCACAAGAUAAGUCAGUACCGGAGUUUUUUAUUGGAGGAAACCCAUUAGAGUGCGACUGUACGAUGGAGUGGUUACAAAAAAUAAAUACUGGGAAUAGAGCCCGAACUCAACCUAAGCUAAUGGACUUGGACAGCAUUUACUGUAAAUUACUCUACAACCGUGGCAAUGCAUAUGUACCUUUAGUAGAGGCUGCGCCACACCAAUUUUUAUGUAAAUAUGAUUUCCACUGCUUUGCUCUUUGUCACUGUUGUGAUUUUGAUGCAUGCGACUGUGAAAUGACGUGCCCAAAUAAUUGUACUUGUUACCAUGAUCAGUCGUGGUCUGCAAACGUUGUGGAAUGUUCUAAUGCUGGAUAUAAUAAUUUACUACCUGAGAGAAUACCUAUGGAGGCCACGCAACUGUACUUGGAUGGAAAUGAAAUAAAAGUUUUACCCAGUCACGCAUUCAUUGGCAGAAAAAGAUUAAAGAUAUUAUACCUAAAUUCAUCACAUAUAGAGACUAUUCACAAUAGAACAUUUAAUGGAUUAAAAGAACUGGAAGUCCUCCAUUUGGAUUAUAAUAGUUUGACAGUGGUUGAAGGACAAGAAUUCGACGGGCUUGAUAAUCUACGUGAAUUAUACAUAAACAAUAAUAAAAUCAAAACUAUUGGAAAAGAAAUGUUUAGUCAUAUGUCACGAUUAAAAAUACUACAUCUUCACCAUAACAGAUUAGUAACUUUAACGGUAUGGCAAAUAAAUCCUGCCAUUACUUCAAUCACUCUAUCGGAUAACCCUUGGUCAUGUGACUGUGAAUAUACAGAGCUGUUUAGAGAAUGGACGAAGCGUGUAAGUUCGAUAACCGAUGUAUCAAGCAUAAGAUGUGUGUAUUCAAAAACGAAUAGCACAGAUAUUGCUAUGUUCAAUGCAAGUAUAUUUGAAGACACAAACGCUGGUUUCAAAAUCAUUGACGAAAAUGGUACAAUAUGUACUGGCCUACCAAGCAUAAAUAACAGCAUAAAUGGCAACUUGACUGCAACGAAAACAAUUAUAACUAAUGAAGAAGUACAAGAUUACAUUCCGCUUCUUUGUGUAGCCCUAGGAGCCGUCCUAUUAGUAUUAAUUGUAAUUACGAUUGUUUUUAAAUACAGACAACAAAUGAGAGUGUGGUUCCAUUCCAAGUUCGGUGUGCGCCUGUUCUAUAAGGCAAGUGACAUGGACCGUGAUGAUCGUGAAAAGCUAUAUGAUGCUUUUGUGAGUUAUAGUUCCAAAGAUGAAGCAUGGGUGACUGAGAAACUCGCACCAGUCUUAGAACGCGGAGAUCCUCCUUACAAACUGUACUUACACUAUCGUGACUUUCCAGUUGGUGGUUAUGUGGCCGACAAUAUAAUACAAGCAGUUGAAUCCUCGCGUCGUACUAUAAUGGUGCUUAGUGAGAACUUUAUAAAAUCCGAAUGGUGUCGUUUUGAGUUUAAAUCCGCGCAUCAUCAAGUGUUAAGAGACAGACGAAAAAGACUUAUAGUGGUGAUAUUAGGUGAAGUGCCACAAAAAGAUCUCGAUCCAGAUAUAAGACUGUACUUAAAAACUAAUACACAUUUCAAUUGGGGUGAUAAACUGUUUUGGGAGAAGUUAAGAUUCGCGCUACCCGAUGUUCCCGACAAGCAGAGGUGUCAUGGCAUGCCAAGCCCAGGCGCGGGUGCCGUGCCAAUGCAUCGACAUCACCACCCCAGAAACCACUUGGGUGCGUUACCACCACCACCGGUGCAUGGAGCACAUCCCGUGUUGCCACCACACCCAUCCCAUACCCAACAUCAAAUUCCAACGCGAGGCUCGCCUCGCAAUCUCUCCGUCCAUGUGUAGUGCAAGUUUACGUAGCCAGACUGAAGUGUCUAGGGCUAACGUGCAGUGACUAAAGUUUAGUGACUAAAGUGUUAAUGUGAUGGCUAGUCGGUUAUCGUAUGUAUUGUAAAUAUACCUUCUAUAAUAGUCAUAGAUUAGGAUUGUAAAUAGCUUGAUUACCGAUUACAAAAAGCAUUUGUCGUUUUAAGUUAACGUCAAUCAGAAACAUGGUCAAUGUAUGAUUAAUGUUUGGCAUAUUGUCUGUAUAAAACAUGUAUUAGGCCUAAUAAGGCUGUGCUUGCUGGACAAAACUAGCCGACUAAUACGAUACUUAAA